AGCUGCAGUGGGACCAGCUCUGAUCCAAUGCCCAAAAAACCUUCUGGCCUUGUCGGUUCUGCUCAUCUCAUUCACAGGCUGCAUGAGACACCCAUAAGGGUGGAAAAUCCCUGCUGCCAGGACUGUCUGCCUGCCCUGCCUGCCCCUGCCGUAGCAGGGGCUCCUGCUCCAUCAGCCUCCCACCGCAGAAAGCUAAAUGCAGUUGUGCAGUGAGAUCCUUUUGCAAAGCAAACGCACAAAGGCAGUGGGGUGCUUGUCAUAGUGGGGAGCAGGACUGAUCCCAGCACAUCCCCCCAAAACACGUCCCAACCCUGAGAGAAGGAAAAGGGUUAAACUGGCAUCUGUCUGAAAGACAUCCCAUCUCGGGAGCAUCAGUGCCGAGGGGAUGCUCACGUGCCUGCACCCUCUGCCUCCCUACCUCUAGCCAUCACGGGGAUUUUCCCCACCAUCCUUCAGCUCUUUGGGACCAGUCUGGGGCUGGAGGAGACUGAGCAGUGCAGGGGCAGCAGGGGGAUGCUGUGACAGCUGAAAAAUGAGCCACCAGGCAGUGAGAGAAGUUUCUGAAAAGAGAAGAGGAAUCUGCCUUGAAUGAAGAGGAUUUUAGCACCUCAGGCUAAGCCAAUAAACCUCUGCCAUCCCCAUCCGAACGGGAACUGUUUGCACACACUCCAGGAGCUGCUUAAAGCAGGCAAGAUGCAGAGACUGAACAGGAGCAAGCGUGGUGGGGGGAGAACCCCCCCUGCCUGCUAAGCCCACGAGCAGAUCCCUGCAGCGCUGCCGGGGCAGCACCCAUCGGGACAGAGGACUCACCCCAGGGUGCUCCCCCGGCCCUGAGCUCCCGGGACGGGCUGUGUCUCCGCCACCACCUCGCCUCGCCGGGGUCGGCAGCCGGGAAGGUGCUCCCAGAAGAUGCUCUGUCCUGCCGAACGCACCAGCCCUCUCCAUCGCCCGCGGCCUCGGGCUGGCGGCGACUCGGGCUGGCCCCAGGCAAAGGCUUCGCUUCCUCCGGCUGGUCCCUGAGGUCCCCAUCCCGGUGACACCGUGGGACCAUGGAGGUAUCUGGCCCUGUGGGAGGUAUCACGGUGGCUCUCCUCUGCUGCUGCCUCCUGAGUUCUGCGUGGGCUCUGAUUGACCCUGAUGAUGUUCUCACAAAAGAAGAGCAGAUCUAUCUCCUGGUGGAAGCUAAAGAGAAAUGUCAGAGAGACAUAAAAGCCCAACUGGAGAAGAUCAAAGACACCAGCUGCCUUCCGGAGUGGGAUGGGAUUAUCUGCUGGCCAAAGGGCUCCCCCAGCCAGGAGGUGUUGGUGCCCUGCCCCGACUACAUCUACGACUUCAACCAUAAAGGUCAUGCCUACAGGUACUGCAGCGCCUACGGGACCUGGGCCAUGGCUCCCAGCAUCAACAAGACCUGGGCCAAUUACACCGAGUGUGCUCUGCUCUUCUCCUCCGAGAGCCGGAGCCGUGAGAAGGAGGUGUUUGACCGCCUGCACCUGAUGUACACCAUCGGCUACUCCAUCUCCCUGGCCUCCCUCAUCGUCGCCGUCUGCAUCCUCUCGUACUUCAAGCGCCUGCACUGCACACGCAACUACAUCCAUGUCCACCUCUUCACCUCCUUCAUCUGCCGGGCGGUGAGCAUCUUCGUGAAGGACAUGGUGCUCUACUCGGGCACGCUGGCCAGCGAGACAGAGAAGAUGCGGGAGGAUGACUUCAAGGCAGAAAUGGGUCCUUCAUCGGGACAACGGAGCCACCUGGUUGGCUGCAAGGUGGUGGUGACUCUCUUCCUCUAUUUUCUGGCCACCAACCACUACUGGAUCCUGGUGGAAGGUCUCUACCUGCACAGCCUGAUCUUCAUGGCCUUCCUCUCCAACAAGAACUACCUGUGGGUCCUCAUCAUCAUCGGCUGGGGUCUCCCCGCUGUGUUUGUGUCUGUCUGGGCCAGCGUCAGGGCCUCCCUGGCCGAUACACAGUGCUGGGACCUCAGUGCAGGGAACAUGAAGUGGAUUUAUCAGGUCCCCAUCUUGGCUGCCGUUGUGGUGAACUUCUUCCUCUUCCUCAACAUCGUCCGGGUGCUGGCCUCCAAGCUCUGGGAGACGAACACGGGGAAGCUGGACCCCCGGCAGCAGUACAGGAAGCUGCUGAAGUCCACGCUGGUGCUGAUGCCGCUUUUUGGAGUCCAUUACGUGGUGUUCAUGGCCAUGCCCUACACUGAAGUCUCCGGGGUCCUGUGGCAGAUCCAGAUGCAUUACGAGAUGCUCUUUAAUUCCUCUCAGGGUUUCUUUGUGGCUUUUAUCUACUGCUUUUGCAAUGGGGAGGUGCAAGCAGAGAUUAAGAAAGCCCAUUUUCGGAGGAGCCUGGCGCUGGACCUGAAGCAGAAGGCACGUGCCACCAGCGCGGCGGGGAGCUGCUGCUACGGCGGCCUGGCCUCCCACGCCACCACGAGUUUCAGCGUGAGCCUCGCGGGGCGCGGGGUGGGGAGCACCCAGCAGCGGGGGCUGCUGCUCCCCGCCCGUGCCAGCCUGCCCGGCUACAUCCCCAGCUCCUUCCCCUCCGAUCACUUUUUGCCGUGCCCGACCCAGGAGAUGAGCCAGAAAGCUUGUGGGGAAAACACAGUGGACUUAACAGACCUGAAUCAGCGUCACCCCAACCUGAAGAGUGAGCUGGAGACGAUGCUAUGAAGCGAACGGUGCAUUUCCCAUCUGGACAUCCAGCUGUGCCUGGGAAGAUGCUGAUCCUCACGCUCUGGGCUCCUUCUACGCUUGCGUGGAGAGCUGGGGUAGCGAGCGACAGCAGCUGGAUCAUCACAGCUCCCUUUCCCCCACAGCCAGGGCGCAAAGCAAACACGUGCUCUCGCUCCUUCUACUGAUCUGGCCUGAAAACAAGCAGCCAGUUCCAAACCUCAUCUCCCUCCAACCGCAAGCAACUGACAUAAGUGAUGUCUGUGCAUGCGAAGCCUCGAGUCAUCGCCAGGAAACAAUCCUCCGUGUUCAAUCUUACCUCGACAGUCUGCAAGGUGACUUCAGCCCAGCGUGUAUAAUACAGCCGAUUCAAUGAGCCCAUAGUCCUGAGGUCCAACUCCCCUGUUUAGCACCAAAUCCUGCGUUGCCCAGCCCGGGGCUGGUGGAGCACACAGCGCCUGCAGAGCAACUCCGCAGCUCGCCCUGCCCUUACUUGCACUUUGUGCAGCUCACAGCCAUGGUGAAGCCCAAUGCACAAAGAGGGAGCCACAAACAGGGACAGGACGGGCUCAGGGGGCCAGGCCAAGCUUUAGGGCCUGGGAAGGGUGCAGCCUGGAUCCUCCAUGCUUUACAGCACAGUUGUCUAUAAACACCCAGGCCACUGCAUGCAAAAGUCUUGGCCCACUAAUCUUUUUGCAGGCUAAAAUGCAAAUAAAGACUGUCUGGCUUGUUUCCAUCCUUGAACCCCAUCGCGGACUCAAGCGAUCGGUUGCUGGAGCGCAGCAAAGGGUGCAAAGGGCUGAAGACAUGGCCACGUUCCGAGCCAGGCCCGCUCUUGCUGCUGGGGACGAGGUGACCCCAGUUGCCCCAGCCCACCCCACUGCCCCGGGAAAGCUCAUCCCCGACUGGAAAGGACAUUCCCGAGGAACUGGCCAUGCCCAGCCCUGACAGUUCAGCCAGACCAAGAGGGGAGAGGGGAAAUACUGCAGCGUGGGGAGAGGGGGUGU